AUUAAUAACUUUUUGAACCGAGCGUGAAUGAAAAUGUCGACCGCGUCGGACACACCAGAAAAAUAGUCAAGAAUUUGUGGUCGUUAUUGGUCGUUAAGAACAAAAAACUCUCGAAUAUUGCUGAAAGCACCAAGAGUGGAUAGAAGCAAAGCCUCUUACUUUUAUUGAAGAUAUAUUCGUCAACGCGACUUACUCGAAACUCACGACUCUUGCAUUAUUUUUUUUCGGUGUUUUCCCCCUUGCAUUUGCCAAGAAAAGUGUGUGUGGAAACGGUUUUAUUUGACUGUUUAAGGAAACAAAAAAAAUUGCGCGCGCGCCUUUGAGGAAGGCAAAUCAGCAACAACAGAAAGAGCAGCUCUAAGUAAAAACAGCAUCAUCAGGAAGCAGCCAAAAGGGAAGGAAAAACCCAAAAAAGGAAAAGGAAAUUCCGGAAACGCCGAAACUUUCAUUGCAGCAUUUUCGGUAGCACAUUUGUUGCUCGUCUUUUGCCGUUGCACGGAUCAAUCUUGUGCCCGAAGGGUGGAGGAGGAGGAGCUGUGCAGGCUGCCGCAUUAGCGGCGGCGGCAGCGGUGCCGCAUGGACCAUGCCGUGAAGGCAACGCGUGGCCGCCCGCUCAACACGCUCCGCUUCGAGAACGAUGAGCUCGAGUGCCUCUACCAGCGGUACACGCUCAAGCUGCAGCGCUUCUCGGUGCUCGGCGUCGUUGCACUCGUUGUGGUGCUAUGCGGAGUGAUGGCGGCCCUCUCGCUGGCCUUCAACAAUGCGGCCACCUUUCAUAACAUCUUCAAUUCGAUCGUUUGCUUGCUAUUCGCCGUGGUGCUGAUCCUUUUGCAAUGUUCGGUGAUCAAGGAUCACCAUUUGCCGACACUGUGCUACGGGAUUCUACUCUUUACGGCCAGCAUUUGUGUGGUGUCCAUGCCGACGCUGGGCAGCGUCUUCCCGGUGGACACCAAGGAGGUUAUGGCCGAGGGCGUCUGGCAGAUUGUAUUCGUCGUAUUUUUGGCCUACGCCAUGAUGCCGCUGCAGAUCUGGGAGGCUGUAGCCUUCGGCAUCACCCUGCCCUCGGUGCACAUCAGCCUCACAGUCUAUAAAAUUUUCACGGAUGCCCUGCGAUAUCUGGAGUACAACCAGCUGAUUGCGAAUAUUGUCAUAUUCAUUGGCGUAAAUGUGGCAGGGCUUGUGGUCAACAUUAUGAUGGAGCGUGCCCAGCGAAGGACCUUCCUGGACACGCGCAACUGCAUCGCAUCUCGUCUGGAGAUCCAGGACGAGAAUGAGAAGCUCGAGCGGCUAUUGCUUUCUGUCCUGCCCCAGCAUGUGGCCAUGCAGAUGAAGAACGACAUCCUCUCGCCGGUGGCCGGACAAUUCCAUCGCAUCUACAUCCAGAAGCAUGAGAAUGUCAGCAUUCUCUUUGCGGAUAUUGUGGGCUUCACAGUACUCUCGUCGCAGUGCAGUGCCCAGGAGCUGGUGCGGCUGCUCAAUGAGCUAUUUGGGCGAUUCGACCAGUUGGCACAUGAUAAUCAUUGUCUGCGCAUUAAGAUCUUGGGCGAUUGCUAUUAUUGUGUAUCGGGUUUGCCAGAGCCCCGGAAGGAUCAUGCAAAAUGUGCAGUGGAAAUGGGACUCGAUAUGAUCGAUGCCAUUGCCACUGUGGUUGAGGCAACCGAUGUUAUACUCAAUAUGCGCGUGGGCAUCCACACGGGCCGGGUGCUAUGCGGCGUCUUGGGUCUCCGUAAGUGGCAGUUCGAUGUGUGGUCGAACGAUGUGACCCUGGCAAAUCAUAUGGAAUCGGGCGGUGAACCGGGACGAGUGCAUGUCACACGCGCCACCCUGGAUUCGCUUUCGGGCGAGUACGAAGUGGAGGCCGGACAUGGCGAUGAGCGAUCCUCGUAUCUGCGCGAUCAUGGAGUGGAUACGUUUUUUAUAGUGCCACCACCGCAUCGUCGCAAGCCCCUCAUGCUCAACACUCUGGGUGUGCGCUCGGCGAUUGGCAGCAGGCGCAAGCUGUCCUUCCGGAAUGUCUCGAAUGUGGUCAUGCAACUGCUGCACACGAUUAAGUUCUCGGAGCCAGUGCCGUUCUCGAAUAUUGCAACCGGAUCGUUUCCGUCGGCGGCCAAUGCUUUGGUUGGCGGUGCCGGUGUGGGUCUGGGCGUUGGUCUGAGCGUGGCACGUGGCAGCACCUGUGAGGCAAGCAGCGGAGGCAGUGUGCAGGCCGUCUCGGAGAAGGGUUCACGCAAGGAUGCGGUAAUCCGUCUGCAGAAAAUCUUGCAUGCCACCCCGCCACCGCACGCUCAUGGCAUGUCACCCAUGGGUUAUGGUAGCGUUGUCGGCAGUGGUGGUGUCGGUAUUGACGGUGGCAGUGUCGGCUGUGGCAAUGGCAAUGGCAGUGGCUGCGGUGGGGGUGGCAGUGUCCAAGUGACCGUAGGCACAGAUCCCAACUCAACAGCGAGUACGAUUAGUCGCAUUCAUAGGCACAAUCACAAGAACAAUAAAUCACAGUCCAAGGUGGCCGACAAGUUCAAGCGACCUUUCCGCAAACGGCAUUCCGUGGCAGCCCAUCAUCAGCCCACGAAUCGAGUGAAUCGCUUCCUCUCGCAGGCGAUCAACGCCAGGUCCGUGGACUGCGACAAGUCGGAGCAUGUGGAUCGAUUGACGUUGCGAUUCCGCCAGAGCGACAUGGAGCGCGAGUAUCACAAGGAUUUCGAUUUGGGUUUUACCACCGCCAUGGGAUGUUCCCUGCUGUUGCUGAUACUCGGUGCGGCGCUACAGGUGACAGCCCUGCCACGGACACUCAUACUGCUGCUGCUCUUUCUCACGGCCUUCAUUUGGGUGAGUGCCAUUCUGAUGUUGCUGCUGGCAGUGCGCCUCAAGUGGAUCAUAUGGGAUAUUUCGGAGAGCUUCAGUCUGCGUAUGGCCAUUACCAUAUUUACAAUCAUUUUGAUUUAUUCGGUUGGACAAGUGAAUGUGUUCACUUGCGUCACGGAUCAUCCCUGCUCGGGCAAUACCACGGCCAAUGCCUGGUCGUCGAGUCGCCAAUUGGAUCCGCAUUUUUUCUCAUAUCCCAGCGAUGCCCAUCGCAAGUGCUCGCUGCCACAGUACGUGUCAUUGUCAGCGGCAUUUGCCUUCCUCUCAGUCUCAGUGUUCCUCAGAUUGCCCAUCAUAUUCAAGUCGCUGCUGGUACUGGGUAUGGGCACCAUUUAUGGUUUGUUCAUUGAACUGUCGCACCAGAACAUCUUCGAGUGCUACGACCAUCGGGUGAACGCCUCGAUUCCGCUUCAUUUGAUCUCAUUGGCGCGCAUUGUCAUCUUUAUGAUUGCCAUUUUGGUGCAUGGCCGCCUGGUUGAGGGCACCGCCCGUCUGGAUUUUCUCUGGCAACUGCAGGCCUCACAGGAAAAGAAGGAAAUGGAUGUGCUGCAGGAGUCGAACAAGCGCAUUCUGCACAAUUUGCUGCCCGCUCAUGUGGCUGCACAUUUUCUCGAUGCACAAUUUCGAAACAAUAUGGAGCUUUACCAUCAGAGCUACGCCAAGGUGGGCGUCAUAUUUGCCAGUGUUCCGAACUUUAACGAAUUCUACACCGAAAUGGACGGCUCCGAUCAGGGGCUAGAGUGUCUGCGUUUGCUCAACGAAAUCAUUGCCGACUUUGAUGAGCUGCUGAAGGAGGAUCGCUUCCGUGGCAUCGAUAAGAUCAAGACCGUUGGCAGCACCUACAUGGCCGUGGUGGGUCUUAUACCAGAGUACAAGAUUCAGCCCAACGACCCCAAUUCGGUGCGUCGCCACAUGACCGCCUUGACGGAAUACGUGAAGGCCAUGCGGCUGUCGCUACAGGAGAUCAACAGUCACUCGUACAAUAAUUUCAUGCUUCGAGUGGGCAUCAAUAUAGGGCCCGUGGUGGCGGGUGUAAUUGGUGCCCGAAAGCCGCAAUAUGACAUCUGGGGCAAUACGGUGAAUGUGGCCAGCCGCAUGGACUCCACGGGUGUCCCCGGUUAUUCCCAGGUCACCCAGGAGGUGGUCGACAGUCUGGUGGGAUCACACUUUGAGUUUCGAUGUCGUGGGACCAUUAAAGUGAAGGGCAAGGGCGACAUGGUCACAUAUUUUCUAUGCGACAACAGUAGUAAAUCUCUGAAUGGUGAGGUACGCAAUGCCAUGUCCCUGCCGCAGAGCAUGCACGGUCCCGACUACUACAUGAAGGCCUCACAAUUCCCGGAUAAUCGCGUCAAUACGGACACCUACAGCAAAAAGGAGAACGGCCAUUUAUACACUGCGGUGGGCGGCGGCGAGGAGCAGCAACUGCUGUUGCAGCAUCAGCACAAGCAGCUGGAUCCAGUGCCGCUGCCAAUGCCAAUGCCAAUGCCACUGGCCCUGCCCGCUCCACCACCGCCGCACCAUCUGCACCAGCAGCAGCAGCAGCGUCUCAACAGUAAGCUGCAAAAGCAGCCAAACUUUAUGGCCAAUGGGGGACUGCCGAAUAUUCGCGAGAACGGCCACAAUGGGGAGCACCAACAUUACAUGGUGGGGGCCUCAACGACGGCGACGACUACGACAACAACACCGUCAUCUGCUGCUGUCCCUCUACCCCUGGCUGUGGCAGCCCAGAACCAGAACCAGAACCAGCACCAGAUCCUACUCCAGCACCAGAUCCAUCACCAGCACCAGCUACAGCUCCAGCACCAGCCCAUUCCUUCGGUAAUGUUGCGCGAAUUUAAUAUCAUUGAGAAUCCGAAUCCCGGUGGCAGGCAUCCGCAUCCCCAGCAUCAGCAGCAGCUGAUGGAGCAGCUACCGCCGCAGCUGCUUGCCCAGCGGCCACAGCAUCAUGGCAGCCUGACCAUGGAUGUGGCUGGAGUGCUCGGUGGUGGCGGUGGCGGUGGCGGUGGCGGUGGCGGCGACUGCUUCAUGAUGCCGCGGCGUGAUCGUGAUCGUGAACGAGAUCGUGAUCAGCUUCAGCUACGCACAUAUGCGCCGCCGCCCAGCAUGGCGUUGCCCUUUAACCAGCAUGGCCAUCAUCCAAUGCAUCAUCUCCAUUCGAAUCCGCAUCAGAAUCAGAAUCAGCAUCAGCCAUCGUCAGCCACCAGCCUGGGGUAUGGCCACUGCCGUGAAAGCGAGCCGCUAUUGCAUGCCAGCAGCAUCGCGCCGGUAGCCAAGAUCAUGCCCAUGCAGCAUGCGCCAAAGUACGAGCCACCACGUUACACUUCUCCCAACACCGUGUUGUCACAGCAUCCGCAUCAGCAACAGCAGCAGCAGCAGCAGUCGCUUCCUGCGCCCCAGCAGCAGCAGUUGUACGGACACCAAAUGAUGCAACAGCAGCAGCAGUAUGCCAUGUACUCGCAACAGUUGCCCAUGGCGGUGCCAGUGCCGCUGCCACCGAAGCCAACGCUGCGGACAUACAUGAAGCCGCUGCCCAAGCUGCCGCCAGAGUUGGAUGAAAGCCGUGACAUGUCCUCAACGGAUGACCUAAGCUCUCGGCCGCACUCCCCGUCUAUGAGCAGCUCCGAUGAGAGCUACUCGAAAACAACGGAGGGCGAAGGCGAGGGCGAUGAGGACUCGCCCAGGAUCAAUGGCAGCCAUCACCAUCAACAGCUGAAUCGGAACGGCCAUCCCGUGGGCUACAAUCUGCCAGGCGGAGGAGUGGGAGGAGGACUCGUGAAUCCUCUACAGUGGCUGUACCCAUGCGAAAUUCAAGUGGAUCCCACCUCGCCGGUCGUGGACAUGACCCAGCUGCAGGACUUUGAGCUUAGCUCCACCACCGAGAGCCAGGGCCAGCACACGACCAGCAAUGCGACGAGCAAUACCCAGAACAAGGGCGACAGUUGCAACAGUUUCGAUUACCAAAAAGCAGGAGGAUCCACCCAGGUGGGGCACACUACAGCAGCAGCUGCAGCAGCCACAACCAAAUCCCCCUUCGAAAGAGAGCUGCAGCGAUUGCUCAAUGAAUCCUCAAGGGCACGCUGCCUGGCAGCAGCCAACGCAACAGAGCUGUCCACCAAUGGAAAGCAAAUUAGCUAUUCCGUGAGCAACAGCAAGCUGGCUGGAACGCAGGGAGGAGCGGGAGCGGGAGCGUUAGCCGGCACAGCAGGCAAUGGCAGCAGCGGUGGCAGUGGCAGCAGCAAUGGUAAUCUCAGCGGUGGCAGCAACUCGAAUGGCAGCGGCAACAACAAUCAUCAGAACAAUCGCGAUCGCGAGCAGCAGGAGCACGAACUGAUGGGCAGACUGCCGGCCAGCAGCAGCUUCAUGAUCGCCAAGCAUCCGGUGGGCCUGGAGGCCAUCAAGGAGAUAACGCGCAACAAGAAUCCCUCGGAAUCGAGUCAAAUGCAAACUUCGGACACGGAAUCCUGCGAGAUUCUACACGAGAAUCGCAAUCAAUUGCAUGCCCUGUCGCAUCCCAAUCAGAUGAUGGAGCAGCAGCAGUCGCAACAGCAGCAGCGGGCACAUCGCCAACGGCCACGCUCCAAGGAGCUGCAAUACAGCCACGAGAGUCUGGAUGGUCUGCAGGAGCAACAGCAGCAGCAGCAGCAGAGGCACCCGCGCUACCACCACCAUCACCAUCAUCACCACCAUCAUCAUCAUCAGCAGAGACAGCAACUCCAGCAGCAGCAGCAGCGGUACAACCAUGUGCAGGAGCAGGAGGAGCGUGACGAUACAGAGGAUAACCUGGCCGACGAGGAGUUCGAAGACGAUGAAGUGGGUCGGGAUGUGCGACAAAAGCGCCUGCUCCAAGCCCCAGGAGAGAAGCAAAAGCAAACAAAUGGGGAUAGCGACGACGAUGAUGAUGAUGACGAUGAGGAUCGUGAGGAUCAUGAGCAUGAGCAUGAGCAGAAGGAGCAAAACAAUAUGCCACCGAUGACAAAUGGCGGUGGUGGCUGUUCUGGUGGCCUGCGCACCGGCGGCCUGGAGUCGAAUGUGAUAAACGAUGAGCUGAAAUAUGGGGCAGCACAUCUCAACCAUCAGUCGAUGGACUCCAAUCCAUUGGAGAGCCAAUCGGAAUGGUCCGACGAUGAUUGCCGCGAAGAGGCCACAGGUGGUGCCGAGUCCACUGGCUAUAUUACGGAUGAGCCUGGACUGGAGAACAUCUCGCUGUUGAAUGAGGCCGGUCUCACCGACGCAGAGGGAGCACUCUCGGAUGUCAAUUCGCUGUACAAUGCCCCCGAUGUGGAUGACACCUCAGUGUCGAGUCGCGCCAGCUCAAGGUUGCUCAGCCUGGAUUCGCUGAGUGGCCUGUACGAUUGUGAUCUAGACUCGAAGCAUGAGCUGGCCAUAGUAAAUGCCUCGCACAAGAUAACCAGCAAAUUUGGACCUCCACCAUCACCGGCACAACACCAACAGUCGCAGCAGCAGCAGAAUCAGCAAUUGCAGUCUCAGUCUCAGUCUCAGUCUCAGUCUUUGGUUACGGCUUCGUCUUUGGUUUCGGUUCAGGUUCCAACUACUCAGGCGCAGGCACAGGCACAGGCACAAGCCCAUUCAAAAUCGCAAUCGCAAUCAGCGGAAGAGCUAAGGGAAUAGAAUGGAAUGAAGGAGGAACAGCACUCAGAACGUUGUUAUUGCUAUAAAAUGCAAAAAGGUGUCUAUUAAA